UGAACAUAAACUCUCUAUUUCUUGUUUGAUAUAUAGAAAUGUAUUUUUAGUGUACUUCAUCAUAUCCGGUUAAAUUCGAUUAAAUUCGACUUUCCAGAAUCCAAACCAAAUCAAAAAGUACGCGGGGGGAUUACAAUUCUUACAUAUAAGUGAUAAGAAGAAUUUGAAGACGACGAAAGUGUGGAUCCAAGCUGAUGGGAAUCUUCUUUGGCUCAUCGCGCAGUGACGAUUUAAGCCGUGAUGGUCCCCCUCAAAUUCCAUCUUUUGAGUGGGACUGUUUGUACCACCGAACCUCAUUGGUGUCGAGUUUGGUGCAAGGAGUUUACGCAAUGGAACGAGACAGGCAAAACAACCGGAGUGGUUCCGAGUCAUUAGCCACACCUUGGUGGGAGAGUUUCAACUUCACUUUAAUCAAAGAAUUUAGGGACGCAGUUGACGGCUCCAUAUACGGUGCUGUCUUCCAAAACGUGAUCAAUUAUGAGAUUACCCCCAACUCGAUAGUACCUCCGCGUUACGUGGUUGCGUUACGCGGAACUGUCAUAAGUAUAUCUACUUUAAACGAUUUGAACUAUAUCGUCAAUUUACCAUUCGAGACCCUUUAUGACGGGGAGAAGACUAAGCAUGUCAUUGGAGAAAUCCGCUCUUUCGUGUCCAAACACGGAAACACAACUGUUUGGAUCACCGGACACUCUCUAGGAGCUGGCCUGGCACUACUCGCGGGAAAGACCAUGGCCAUGUCUAGACUCCCCGUUGAUGCUUACAUCUUCAACCCACCUAUCUCCUUGAUUCCUCUAAAACAGUUCGGUUACAAUGACACACUUAAUUCUGCGUACCGACUCACCAGGGAUAUCUUCAAAGCUGGCAUUGCGAAAGUCCUAUCCUUUGAUGAGGAUCAAGAAGGUCAACAAUCUACGAAUUUAGCUUCGUGGAGACCUCAUUUGUUUGUGAACGAAUCAGAUCCAAUAUGCUCGGAAUAUAUUGGUAAUUUCGAUCACAUAGUCAAUAUGACUGAGGCGGGACUCGGAAAGAUCGCGAGGUUGGCUGCUGGAUACUCAGUUAGGCGUAAGUGUUUCGGAGGAGAAGAAACUUCACCAGAUCAUCUUCAUUUUCUUCCAUCGUACAUUAUGAUUGUAAACAAGACUAAAUUGUCGAACAUUUAUAAUACUCAUGGGAUUCAGCAAUGGUGGAAUCAUCAACAGUUUAAAGUGAGUUAUUCAUACUGAUAAUUCAUUCAUGGCUUUCAACGCUUCAGUCUUUUCUAUUUCUUGUAAACUGAAUAAUUUGUUAAAUUGUAUAUUUUAAAAUGUUUCUUUUUCUUUGAUAAAAAUAUGGUCAGGUACUGUUUGUACUUACAAAAUAAAGUUAUUUUAUGUACA